CCGCCCGCGUUCCGACUGUGGAGCACGGAGGGCGUCACCGCGGACGCGAACGCGGGGUGCGUGAGCAUCUCCGACGUCGUCCGCGGGAGCGUUCGGUGGGCGAUCGUGAUGAACUUCACGGUGGACCUCGACUGGUUUCUCGCCGCGUGCCCGGCGCUUCGAACCGCGCGCAGAGUGAUCCUCAUGUACGGCAACAUGCACCCAGGCGUCGCGGAGAUCCCGAAGCACUGGUCCACGCACAAGCCGCCGUGCCCGCAGUACGGAACGCACCACACGAAGGCGUUCAUUCUCGCGUACGACGCCGGCGUGCGAGUCGUGAUUCACACCGCGAACCUGACACACCACGACUUCAACAAAUCGUGCCAGGCGGUGUGGUACCAGGACUUCCCGCUGAAGCGCGAGUCGUCGCCGCCCGGGAGCGCGUUCGAAAACGACCUCGUGCGGUACGUGUCGCGACUCCAGUGGAGCGGCGAAUCCGUCGACGGCGAGAGGGUGUCCCCGGAGGCGCUCAGGAGGUACGACUUCUCCGGCGCCGGCGUCAAGUUGAUCGCGUCCGUGCCCGGUCGGCACGCCGGCGAAGAGCUGCGUCGGUGGGGGCACAUGGCCGUCCGAACCGCGUUAGAGCGCGAGACGCACGACGACGCGUUUAAGGGGUCGAGCGUGUUGUGUCAGUACACGAGUACCGGGUCGCUGCCGAAGAAGUGGCUCGACGAGGAGUUCCGAGACAGUUUGUGCGCCGGCGCGUGCGCGGGGGGCGGGGGGGGGUCGGUGGGGGGAAACGCAAACGAUCGGUCGUUAGGUCCCGGCGAGAUGCAGCUGCUGUGGCCGACCGUGGAGGAGAUACGGACGUGUGACGUCGGGUACGCCGCGGGCGGGAGCAUCCCCGGGAACGGCAAGAACGUUCGCCGGCCGCACUUGACGGAGAAAUUCCACAAGUGGGCCAAGCCGAACGACGACGACGACGACGACGCGCAUCCGAUGGGUCGGAGGAAGCACAUGCCGCACAUAAAGACGUUUUCGCGGUACUACGACGCGCUGACGCCCUACCAAAAAAAACGCGGCGGCGGCGGCGGCGUCGCGGGCGCGAAAUUCGCGUACGUCAUCGUGUGCUCGCACAACCUCAGCGGCGCGGCGUGGGGGAAGCUCGAGCACGGCGGGUCGCAGAUACACGUCUAUUCCUACGAGCUCGGGGUCAUGUUCCUUCCGUCGUUGAUCGGCGCUCGGACCGCGAAGCCGUUUUCCGCGCUGUCCGCGACGGAGGCGGAUCCGUUUCGUUGCCUCGCCGCGGUCCGACCGCGCGCGACGACGACGGCGACGGCGACGGCGACGGCGACGAGUGAGGGCGCGGUAGUGCUCACGCACGCGCUGACGCUCGCGCGCCCGCCGGGCGCGGCGACCGCGACGACGGCGAGCGGACCGAGCGCGACGCUCGCGUUGUGCCCUCUUCCUUAUAACGUCCCGCCGCUGCGGUACAAUCUCGACGACAACGCGCCGCUGCUGGAGAGGGACGAGCCGUGGGUGUGGGAUCAGAGGUACGACGUCGCGGACGAGUGGGGGAGG